ACACCCCACCCUCCCUGACCCUGCGGGACUCUCGACUCUGUACUGAGCUGCCUAGUGACUGGGAGUUUGGAGCAGGUCCGGCUGACGUCGCCGCCCAGAUGGCCUCCAGGCUGACCCCGCUGACCCUCCUGCUGCUGCUGCUGCUGGCUGGGGAUAGAGCCUCCUCAAAUCCAAAUGCUACAAACCACAACUCUAAGAAUCCAGAGAGCUUGCAAGGGGAAAGCAAAGGGAAUGUCUCGAAGGUAGAGAUUUCCAAGAGUGUUGGAGUCAUAGAGACUUCCACCUUGCGGACAACCAGCCUGCCAACCAGCUCAUCCACCAAAAUAACUGUGAAUACCACUGAUGAAUGCACCACUGAACCCUUCAUCCAACCAACUACCCAGCUCCCAACAGAGUCUCCUAUACCGACCACUACUGAGCCCUACUGCCCAGGGCCUGUCACUCUCUGCUCUGAUCUGGAGAGUCAUUCCUCAGAGGCCACAUUGAGGGAGGCUUUGAUAGAUUUCUCCCUGAAGCUGUACUACACCUUCUCAACAACAAAGAAGGCCGAGACCAACAUUAUCUUUUCCCCACUCAGCAUCGCCAGCCUCCUCACCCAGGUCCUGCUCGGGGCUGGAGAGAGCACCAAGAGAAACCUGGAGAAUGUCCUUUUCUACCCCAAAGACUUUGACUGUGUCCACCAGACCCUGAAAUCCUUCACAUCCAAAGGCGUCACCUCCGUGUCUCAGAUCUUCCACAGCCCAGACCUGGCCAUAAGGGAAAUCUUUAGGAACGCCUCUCAGAGCCUGUAUGGCAGCAGCCCCAGAGUCUUGAGCAAUGACAGUGAGUCCAACCUGAAGCUCGUCAACACCUGGGUGGCUGAGAACACCAACCACAAGAUCAACCAGAUGCUAGACAGCCUGCCCGCUGACACCCGCCUUAUCCUUCUCAAUGCUAUUUACAUGAAUGCAAAGUGGAAAACAAAAUUUGAUCACCAAAAGACUAAGAUGGAGCCCUUUCACUUCAAGAACUCUGUGAUAAAAGUGCCCAUGAUGUAUAGCAAGAAGUAUCCUGUGGCCCAUUUCACUGACCCAACUUUGAAGGCCAAGGUGGGGCAGCUGCAGCUCUCCCACAACUUGAGCCUUGUGAUCCUGGUACCCCAGAACCUGAAAUACCGUCUUGAAGACAUAGAGCGGGCUCUCAGCCCCUCUGUCUUCAGGGCCAUCAUGAAGAAGCUGGAGAUGUCCAAGUUCCUACCCACUCUCUUGAUGUUGCCCCGUAUCAAAGUGAAGAGCAGCCAGGACAUGCUGUCAAUCAUGGAGAAAUUGGAAUUCUUUGACUUCGCUUACGACCUCAACCUGUGCGGGCUGACAGAGGACCCGGAUCUUCAGGUGUCUGCGAUGCAGCACCAGACGGCGCUGGAGCUGACAGAGACAGGCGUGGAGGCGGCUGCUGCCACCUCCGUGUCUGUGGCCCGCACCUUGCUGAUGUUCGACGUGCAGCAACCCUUCCUCUUCGUGCUCUGGGACCAGCAGCACAAGUACCCUGUCUUCAUGGGGCGGGUGUAUGACCCCAGGUACUGAGACGUACACGGGACCAGGUUAGGGCAAGCCCCUACUCAGCAAGACUCAGCUGCCUCAGUCACAGCUCUGCUGGCCUGGACUCGUCCCCAGCCACCUCCUGCCUUGGGUGUCCUCUGUCCUCCACCAAAAGGGCUCCCUCAGGGGUCUGGCAAAGGAAUCUGCUUCUAUCAGCCCUUCUCUGUGACCCUGUCAUGCUCUCUAAAUCACAUUUUGCAGCUUUCUCUGGUUUAGGUUCCCCACGCUAUAAAUAAAAUCUGGCAGAUGACGA